GAGAGAGAGAGAGAGAGAGAGAGAGAGACCGGUGAAUCGAGUUUACGAAGUAGCGCUCUCAUAUUUCAGUUGUCUCUCGGGCAGCAAGAGGACUUGUUCGAAGCUGGUGGACUCUUUGGACCGCUAAUCAUCGGUGGACUUUGACUGCGCUUUUAAAAACAACAACAAUUUUCCUCUCGACCCCGCAGCCAAUAGAGCCGAUAUCAUUAAAAAGGAGUUGUUCCUCAAGUCCGCGGCAAUGGGGGAGCAGCCGAUCUACACCACCAGGGCCCACGUCUUCCAAAUUGACCCGACCACCAAGAAGAACUGGGUCCCUGCCAGCAAGCAGGCCGUCACCGUCUCCUAUUUUUACGACAGCACGCGCAACAGCUAUCGCAUCAUCAGCGUGGAUGGAUCCAAGGUGAUUAUCAACAGCACCAUCACGCCCAACAUGACGUUCACCAAGACAUCGCAGAAGUUUGGCCAGUGGGCGGACAGCAGGGCCAACACUGUGUUCGGACUGGGCUUCGCUUCGGAACAGCAACUGGCCAAGUUUUCUGAGAAGUUCCAGGAGGUAAAAGAUGCAGCCAAGCUAGCAAGGGACAAAUCUCAAGACAAGGUGGACACAUUGAGUAAUCACUCCCAGGAGUCUGGACGUGAGACGCCCUCAAGCAACCAGGCGUCCAGCAUUAAUGGGACAGAUGAUGAGAAAAUCUUUCAUGUCGAGCCGGAGGCUGCUGUGCUGCAGACGGAGAAAGAACAUCUCAAGAGUGCAGUAGAACAGAGCAACACCAACGCCAAGAAGUGGGAAACAGAGCUGCAGACUUUAAGAGAAAAUAAUGCCAGGCUGGUGGACGCACUGCAGGAGUCCUCGGCUAAUGUAGAGAGCUGGAAGAAACAACUUGGUGCCUGCAAGGAAGAGAGUGACACGCUCAGGGAAAAGAUUGCACAACUAGAAGUUCAGUGUAACGAAGCCGAUCAGGAGAAACAGCAAAACUCCCAACUGUCUGUACGAGUGCAGGAGCUAGAGACUGAGCUGCACGAAAAGGAGCAGGAGUUGGAGAACCUGAGGAAGCAGGCAGAGAUAAUCCCUCAGCUCAUGGCAGAGUGCGAGAGCAUCACUGCAAAACUGCAGACUGCUGAGAUGAAGAACAAGGAACUGGAGGGGAGAGUAGAGGGUCUUCAGCUGGACAUAGAAGACAGUCAACAAAAGCAGGGCAACAUGAAGGGCGAGCUGAAGAAGUUCAUGGAUCUGCUGGAUGGAAAGAUAGACGAGCUGCAUGAGUUCAGGCAGGGGCUCUCCAAGCUGGGUGUUGAUAACUGAGUAAAAUGGCACUGAGCUGAAAGGGUCAGAGGUCAGGUAUGAAGGAUUCACUACAGUGUGUCUUCAGGGCAGAAACUCUGUGCACAUACUCCCCCAAGGUGAUGCCCACUCAGACACUAUCAGCUUUGGCUUCUAAUAAACACUACCAUGUGAGAAAGAGAUGUUUUCGGAGGGACUGGCAGGAGGAAGGCCAGCAUGCUCCACCAAAUGGCUCCAUUCUUGUGCGCUGGCUUUCUGAAACUAAAUCAAGAGUAAUAAUUUGAGCUUACUUUUCUGUUUCUGUUGGGGGGGGGGGGGCUUUAAAAAGCUGGUGGUGGAUUCUUAGAUUCUGUCCAUCUGUCUUUUCUUUUCUUUUUUUUUUUUAAGGCUGCAGCACUUAUUCACAGGCAGCUUAGCGUAGAAGAGGGGACUUAAAAGGGCUAAAAUGAAUAACACACAGACGAUGCUGAUCAGCAUCACUCUAGUAAUAAUUGGUGUUAAUCCUUGUGGCCCCCUCAGAGAAUGAGAGAUGAAAUGUUUCUACAGACUGUGCUCGCUGUUGCCUCUCGUCUAUCUCAGGUGUGUCAGAAGACAGUUUGUACUCAUUCGAUCAUACAGCACAUACAGGACAAACGGCCGUGACACAAAGUGCCUCCAGGUGAGUGUAAACCUCCCUGGCGAGGAGAAGCGAUGACCAUCACCAUAAUAUUAACUCGAUGAUUUUUGUCAGGAAAUGUGAUGAACAUCAAACAUCCACUUAUACAACGAGAUGAGAAUAAAAUGCAGGUAGGCGACUGCAGCAGGAAGUCAUCAACUGUCUUGUGGGUGUUUUCAGUAAACACUCCUUUUGAUUCUAUUUUGCAUGAAGAAGGAACGCUCUCUUGUUUGAGGAGCUUUCCUUCAGAAACAUCUAAAAAUAACAAUGGGUGCCCCCUUUUCCCGUGAGUGUAGUGUUCAGAGGACUUUGUGUGUGCAAUAGUAUUUUUGUCCAUGUGUAGAACAAAGAUGUCUCCCGGGCUGUUGAUGUGCUUCUUACACACUAGUUUUUGUUAUGGUGGUGGUUAUUUUUGGGUGAGUGGACUUGGUGCCUCUCGUUGGGUGAAUAAUGUGAAGGUGUACUUCACUGAUGACAUUUAGUUUGGCACGGUCAGAUUCUUGGUUUGUUUUACAUAUUUAUUUAUUUUGGUGCCUCUCUGCAACUAGUGUUUCUAGAACAUACCAAGUAAAUCAACCUUCACGUGAUGUCUUUAGAUGUACGAUAAUAUAUCAAAUAUACCAAACUUGUCAGGAUGCAGAGGUUUUAUAAUUACUGAGGAUAUGUUUGCAGGAUGGUGUCGCAGCUGCUUUUGGGGAAGUUGAUCUUAAAACAUGGUACAUUUGAAAUCAAAGGCAUAUGUUGUCGUGGCAUAUUUACGGGGUAAUACUAUGUUAUGUCUAUAUAUUUUUUCAUCACUGUUUUGAUCUACGAAGGGACAUUUUGCUUCUCUCUCUGUUUAACCCCACUGUUAAUAUGUCCCCUGAACCUGGAACACAAAGUAUGAUCCUUCCUUUUAAAACCAAUGCCUCUUGUACACUUUUGUGACUCCUGUUCAAUAUUGUAAAAUAGAACUGACAAUUGUUAAAAUUUAGUUUAAUUACAA